GACUAGUAAAAGAAUAUAACCUCAGAUGUGAUUGUUUUGUUUUUUGUUGUAACCAAUAUAGAAACAGACAUGAAACUGUAUAUUUUGGCUGGAAUAAUGGCGAUAUCGUUGGUUUCCCGACAGGCUUGUGGAAGUGGCCAAACAUUUGUUACAAAAACGUUCACUGCCAUAGAACCUACAUUUUCCACAUUACGGACACCUAAAAUGACUACAGGUUGUGGAGACCCACGACACAUCUCUGUCGCCAACAUAAAGCCAAUCGAAUAUACAGAAGGAGUUACUGAUACCGGUGACCGUGCCACUGUGACGGUUAUAUGCAAAGAAGGGUAUUAUUUUGAUCGGCCAGGAACGCAAAUGAGUGAAUUCAAGUUUUUAUGCCUAGAUGGGCACUGGCAUGGUCCUCAUCGAUGCAGGAAAAAGGAUUGCGACGAUUUCUUAACGAAAAUAAAUUCGUCUGGUUUGCAAGCUAUUCGCCAAUAUAAUGUUUCUUGGUACGGCGACGUUGCUUUUAUACAGUGUACUGAGGGUUAUAGAACCAUUGGAUACUCUGAUAACAGCAUCGUAUCAGCUAACUUCACAUGCGAUGAUGAAGGUCAAUGGCGUCAGUUUUUAGGAUGUGAAUUGAAAGACUGUGGAAAACCAGACGUACCUGUGCAUGGUUCUGUUGACAUAAACUAUGGAACAGCGUACAAUGAUACGGCCACAUUUUCCUGCAACUCCGGAUAUACGCUACAAGGUGAUACAACUGUGACUUGCAAGCAAACAAAAAACUGGAACCAUCCUUUUCCCAGUUGCAUAAUCAACGACUGUGGGAACUUAACCGACCCUAGCAAUGGGAGCGUCCACACAGACAAUGGUACAACAUACAAGUCCGAAGCCGUCUACAAGUGUGACCUGGGUUUUACUUUGAAUGGGUCCAGCACGACGCACUGUUUAGCAAACAAGACAUGGAGUUAUCCAAUGCCCAAGUGUAACAUCAAUGACUGCGGAGCUCCUAUACACGUUCAGCAUGGUACCUAUGGAGAACUAAACGGAACAACAUAUCUUUCUGUGACUGUGUAUGCAUGCAUACCCGGGUACACAUUCUAUGGAAACAAUACAAGUCAAUGCUUGGCUAAUGCAUCAUGGAGUUUCGUGAAUGCUAACUGUACGAUUAAAGAGUGUGGGGAAAGGGCUUCUUCAACUAACGCUAACAUCUCCUACCCUAACGGCACGGUGUUCGAGUCAACAGCACAUGUAAGCUGCAUUGACGGAUACCGAAUAAACGGUAGCAUUGGUAACGAUAACGGCACAGAAACAAUUACUUGCACAGAAGAUGGGGAAUGGUCGCAAGCUCAUGGUUGCGACAAGAAAGAUUGUGAAAUGAAAGUAAGCGCACAAAAUGCUGACGUCAUCUACACAAAUGGUACGCUUUUUGAGGACACUGCUGAAAUCAAGUGCAAAAAUGGACAUAGGGUCAAGGGCAGUGAGGAUAAUACAAAGCUGUUUGAAUACAUACAAUGCCAGUCUUCGGGCAUUUGGUCGGGCACUUACGGAUGCGAAAAGAAAAAGUGUUCCGCGAACGAGAAUUCGUCCAAUGCGUCAGUUACGUAUGGGAAUAAUACGCUUUAUGAGGCAAUUGCAAUUGUAAAUUGUGAUGAUGGAUACAGAAUUAUCGGAGACAACGAUAAUAAUAUUGUGUCAGAAGUCAUUCAAUGUCAAGCAACUGGGUCAUGGAAUAGUUCUUACGGCUGCGAAAGAAAAGACUGCAGCAACGAAACACAUGCAGUCAAUGCUCAGGUGGCGUUUGCGCAUGGUACUUUGUUUGAAUCUGUCGCUAAUGUCAGCUGCUUUCCGGGAUACAAGAUAAAUGGAACUGAAGGGAAUGACAACACUACAACCACCAUACAUUGUAUGACAACCGGGACCUGGUCAGGUGCCCCUGUGUGCAUGAGAAAAAAUUGUGGUGGUAACAUAACAACACCUAAUGCUAACGUUGCCUUUGGAGAUACCUACUACAAUGAGAACGCGACAGUUUCCUGUGCUAAAGGAUAUAAAGUCAAUCUGACCUUUGGGAACAAUGUUAUUGAGGAGACAAUUACUUGCCACCUCGAUGGCUAUUGGGCAAACCCGAGCGGUUGUGUAAAGAAAGGUAAUAUUAUUUGUGCUCACGAUCACCAACUAAGGGCUCCACAUUAUUUGUUUUGA